AUGGCUUUCUUGAUCAAGAGCAUGAUUGGGAACCCCCUGUCAGGGAUCGGUCUGGGUGGUGGAGGUGACAAAGAAGAGGAGGCCGCCCCCACAGAUCCAGCCAAAGCAGCAGGGAUGACACGCGAGGAGUAUGAAGAGUACCAAAAACAGGUGGUGGAGGAGAAGAUGGAAAGAGAUGCAGAUUUCUUACACAAGAAGGCAGAGAGGGCAACACUCAGGGUGUGCCUCAGAGAAAAAUACAGGCUGCCAAAGAGCGAGCAGGAUGAGAACAUGAUUGAGAUAGCCGGGGACGACGUGGACGUGCCCGAGGAGCUGCUCAAGAUGGUGGACGAGGACGCCACGGAGGAGGAGGGCAAGGACUCCAUCAUGGGCCAGUUUCAAAACUUGCAGAACAUGGACAUGGACCAGCUGAAGGAGAAGGCCUCGGCCACCGUCACCGAGCUGAAGAGCAAAGCAGAGGAGAAGUGCUCCGUCAUGUGA